AAAGUGCUGCAACUGAGUGUGUCAUUGCUGACCAACAAUUUGUUUUCACUUGUUCCAGUCGUUUCCUCUAGCCUCCUCAGUUGCCGAGGAGCAUAGUAGUCUUUCCACAGCCGUAUUCCUAGGAACGUACUGCCAGUUUCAUCAUGGCCUUCACUCCUGACCAGCAGCGGUCUCUUGCGGAGAUGAUUUCGGCUUCGGUCUCGUCGGCGUUGUCGGCCCACUCCGCAUCUCGAGGACCGGAUAGGGGAGCGUCUGAUGGGCCAUCAGAUCAAGCCGAUGGGUGGGUUCGAUAUCAUUCACCUCCAGCCACCACCAGGAGGGAGAUACUCGACGCUCAAGCCAGCAGGCUCCUGGCCCAAUCGGUGGCGCCCCGGACACGCCAGACCUACAGCCCUGGAGUCAGGUCCUACAUUCAGUUUGCGCAGCAGCUCCGCUUCAGCCAUCUGGCACCGACGGUCAAUGAUAUAGUUCUCUUCAUGACGUCACUGUCCGCGUCACUGUCUGGGAAGACAAUCAGGGUAUACCUAGCAGCCGUCCGCCACCACUUUGUAUUGAAUGAUGGUCCGGUGGAUCUGCUCAGAGCACCCAGGAUACUGGCCUUGCUGAAGGGCAUCGACCGUGACAAGCUGACGUCCAGGCCAAUGCCUGUGCCUCCGUCAUCCAGACGUGCGGUGACACCCAACGACCUCAAGGCUAUCCGCGAAUUCCUGGAGUUCUCGCAUUAUGCACCGCAAGACAAGGCCAUGCUCUGGGCAGCAGUACUCACAGCUUUCCACGAGCUCAUGCGUGUGAGCGAGUACACGGCGCCAUCACCAACAACGGUGGAUGCUCACAGGACUCUUCAGAGGAGCCAUGUCGCCCUCUCAGAGGAGAAGGUCACGAUCACCCUAGGGGUAACGAAGACGGCACAGUCGGGCGCUGGGGGCACAGUGUUACUGCAUGCAAGCAGGUAUCCCGCAACCUGCCCUGUGCGUUCAGUCGCUGCCUACAUAAGUGCCAGGGAGUGGGCGGAUACAGGUGCCCCAUUCUUCGCCUUCCGCGAGGGGCGCUACCUAACCCCGGGCGACGUGAACGCCAUUCUCAAGAGGGCUCUCGGCCCAGGCGUUUCAAGCCAUUCUCUGCGGAUCGGUGGUGCUACGGCCAUGGCCGAACGACAGGCCCCGGAGUGGCAAAUUCAAGCGGCAGGGCGCUGGUCAAGCUCUGCGUACAAGGCGUACGUCCGUGUCCCGUCGGGCAUGCCAGCUUAUCAGCAGACAGAGCUAGCGUAG